GUGACUCUUGACCGAAUAAACCUUUACCAAUUAACCUAGCUACACAGUAUGGUCAGCCACAUAUGAAACUUUGUGUAUAGUUUAACUUUGAAACUAUUCUCAUAACAACUAACUUUGACUAUAUCAUUUACGAAGCACUACUUUAAAAAGAAAAAAAAAAAAGAGUAAUCUAACUAGGUUAGUUGAUUAAAUUCUUACAAUGUCAUACUCAAGACUCGAUCCUACAAGUCUCAACGAAGAUCUUUUAGAUAAAUCAUACCAAUUAUUUGGACCAUUCCUCUAAAAAACAGCCGCACCAUCUUCCACCAAUACAUCAUAUAUAUACACAACAUUAAACAGAAUAAAACAAUCACCUAAUUAAACUCAGCCGUUUAACAACUUUUCUCUCUCCUCGCCACGUAUAUCUCAACAUACGUCUCCCACACCCAAUUAUCAAACACCAUCAACAUUUUUUUUUUAAUUUUUCUUCCAUUCAAAUUUACUUCUCUUCUUCCUUACAUUAACCGGCAACCACCGGUUACCGGCAAACGUUUUUGCCGGGAACCGUUGACCCGCACUUCCUUGCUUACAUGUAACCGUCAACAUCCCCUUCAUUAACCGGUAACCUCCUCUUUACAUUUCCUAAAAUAUAAUAAUAAAAUUUAUUACAUUCACAUUUUAAUGGAGAACGAGAAAGAAAAUAAUCAUGGGAUCUACCUUCACGGUGAUCUCGACCUCCACAUUAUAGAAGCGCGUUGUCUUCCUAACAUGGACCUCUUCUCCGAAAACUUUCGUCGGGUUUUUUCCUCGUGUGGCGCUCCUUUUUCUAGGAGGAGGAAAGUAUCAUCCGAGGGGAAAAACCAUGAUCCGAAUCAUAAACUUCAUUUAAAGAAUAAUAAGAUCAUCACGAGCGACCCGUACGUAACGUUUAAUAUAGGAGGGGCAACGGUGGCACGUACCCGUGUGAUAUCGAACUCUCAAACCCCGAAAUGGGAGGAGCAUUUUAGUAUCCCCUUAGCUCAUGCUGUGUCUGAUGUUGAGUUUAAGAUCAAGGAUAAUGAUGUCCUAGGGGCUGACAUGAUCGGGACCGCUACCGUCCCGGCUUCGCUCAUUAUUUCAGGUGAGGUGAUCGACGACUGGUUCCCCAUUCUUAGAGACAACGGGAAACCUCCUAAGCCUAAAGCAGCGGUUCAUCUACGUCUCAGAUUCAUUCCAUGUGAUGCCAACCAGAGCAAUGCAGAUGGGGAACAUAGGGUGGAACGGAGCUACUUCCCUGCGCGACCAGGGGGAAGGGUGACAUUGUACCAAGACGCUCAUGUACUGGAGAACGAGUUGCCAAGGAUUGAGCUAGAACAAGGGGUGGAGUAUCAACAUGGGAGUUGUUGGGAGGAUAUAUGCCAUGCUAUAUUGGAGGCACAUCACCUGGUGUACAUUGUAGGGUGGUCAGUUUACCAUAAGGUUAAGCUGGUGCGAGAGCCUUCUAGACCGUUGCCUAAUGGAGGGGACUUGAGUCUAGGGGACCUAUUGAAGUAUAAGUCCCAGGAAGGGGUCAGAGUGUUGUUGCUUGUUUGGGAUGAUAAGACUUCCCAUAGUAAAUUCUUCAUCAACACACAAGGUGUUAUGCAAACUCAUGAUGAACAAACAAGGAAGUUUUUCAAGCAUUCCUCUGUCAUUUGCACUCUGUCACCGCGUUAUGCCAGCAGUAAGCUUAGCAUUAUCAAGCAGCAGGUUGUUGGUACCCUGUAUACACACCAUCAGAAAUGUGUCAUUGUGGAUUCUCAAGCACCUGGGAAUAACAGGAAGAUAACAGCUUUUUUGGGAGGUUUAGACCUUUGUGAUGGUCGGUAUGAUACCCCGGCACAUCGUCUCUUUCGUGACCUUGACACUGUUUUCAAUGAUGAUUACCACAAUCCUACAUUUGAAGGAACAAAGGGUCCUAGACAACCAUGGCAUGAUCUUCACUGCAAAAUUGAAGGGCCAGCAGCGUAUGAUGUGCUUACCAACUUUGAGCAGCGAUGGAGAAAAGCCACAAAAUCGUCUAUAAGACGGAAAAUCAAGAGCAUUUCUCACUGGCAUGAUGAUGCCUUACUGAAAAUAAAGCGUAUAUCUUGGAUACUUAGCCCUGUUAAUUGUGCAUCCCCAAACGAUCCAUCACUUUGGGCUUGUGAAGAGAAUGAUCCAGAGGGUUGGCAAGUUCAGGUUUUUCGGUCUAUAGAUUCAGGUUCUGUACAAGGAUUCCCAAAGGAUGUUCAGGAGGCUGAGUCUCAGAACCUGGUUUGUGCCAAGAAUUUGGUGAUAGACAAGAGCAUCCAAACAGCAUACAUUGAAGCAAUCAGAUCUGCUCAACAUUUCAUUUAUAUAGAAAACCAGUAUUUCCUUGGAUCAUCAUAUGCAUGGCCAAAUUACAAAAAUGCUGGUGCUGAUCAUUUGAUACCUAUGGAGUUGGCACUGAAGAUUGUUAGCAAAAUCCGAGCCAAAGAGAGAUUUGCUGUCUACGUUGUCGUCCCUAUGUGGCCUGAGGGUGUACCCACCUCUGCUUCCGUGCAAGAAAUUCUUUUCUGGCAGGGUGAAACCAUGCAAAUGAUGUACAGCAUAAUAGCACAGGAGAUUAAAGCAAUGAACCUCGAGGAUGCACACCCACAAGACUACUUAAAUUUUUAUUGUCUAGGAAAUCGCGAACCAGCCCUGGUCUUGGGAGAUAGUCCACUGUCAUCCAAAAAUGGUGAAGGGGUUCUACCUUCACAAAAGUACCGAAGAUUCAUGAUAUAUGUUCACGCCAAGGGAAUGAUAGUUGAUGACGAAUAUGUUAUAUUGGGGUCAGCCAAUAUCAACCAGAGAUCAAUGGCUGGUUCAAGAGACACCGAGAUAGCUAUGGGUGCUUAUCAACCGCAUCACACCUGGGGUAGAAAGAAGAGACAUCCACUCGGCCAGGUCUAUGGGUAUAGAAUGUCGUUAUGGGCAGAGCACCUAGGAGGGCUAGACGAUCUCUUUAAGGAAGCCGAAAAUUUGGAUUGUGUCAGAUCUGUAAACAAUAUAGCUGAUGAAAACUGGAAGAAGUUUGUAUCUGAAGAUUAUUUUCCAUUGCAAGGGCACCUCCUUAGAUAUCCUCUAGAUGUGGAUAAGGAUGGAAAGGUUCAGUCAUUACCUGGGCACGAAUAUUUCCCUGAUGUUGGUGGUAAGGUGCUAGGAGCUGCUAACUCCCUUCCAGAUGCACUCACUACUUGAAAGUUGAAACAUUGUUUGUUGCUUGAUCAUGCUGCUUUAACGCGCUUCUUCUGCAUAUAAUACCUGUGUACAAACUACAGAGUACAGACUGACCUUAUAUAACAUAACUAACACAUGACAGAGGAAUAGGAAAUUGGACAGUUUUUUUGCUUUUCGUUCCAUUCUUUUUUUCCCAAGUGGUUAUUCGGGUGAUUUUUGAACUUGUGAAGAUGAGAAGAUUACUUAAAACUUUAAUAUUUGUUAAAUAUGCAGUAACAAAGAUGUAUACUGUAUAGAAGAGUGGAUAAAUUGAGGUUACACUCUCAUUUCUACUUAAUUAUACGCCAGAAAUUGUCACUUGCUCCUGCAAAUAUUGGAUUAAGUAGUGUUUCUGGAAAUGGAAAAUUUCAGCAGAAUUCAUGCAAGAAAAUAUAUUAUAUGGUGGCAUUUGUGGUGUAAGUUAAAUUUUCGGUUUGCACUUAGCCAAACUUAAUGUCUUCAUGGUAUAAAUUUGCCUAAAUCGAAUCCAAUCCAAUAAUCUAAAUCACUUAAUUUGAUUUUUUUUUAUUUUUUUCCUAACAAGCAAUAAGGACCAAUGAUUUAAUAACCACCAUUAUAAAUCUACAAUAAUAAGUGAACAUUGCAAAAAAUAAAAAAUGAUUUCUAGAAUUUGUAGCCAAAAUUUUUGUUGUUGCUAUGUGUUGCAAAAGCUCAUUUUACCACACUAAUAAAGUAAUAAUGUACUCUUAAGUCUUAUUAUUCCUUACUUAACAACAUCAUCACUUUAAUAACACCCAAUAGAUUUAUACUUUAGAAGGAUUUUUGUCAAAUUUUUAUACAUAACGUACUAAUUAUGCAGGUAGCAUUGCUUACGUAACAAAUUUCUGUAUGAUUUAACUUAUUUUCGUCGCAAAUCAUUAGCCUCAAAUAGCAAAAUAUAAAAUUAUUAGCUCAUACAAGAUAUAAAACAAUAAUUAAAGGGAAGAAAAAAAA